AUGAUCCUGCUAGAAAUCGGCCUGAAUGACAUUGCUUCUUGGAUGAUUCUGCCGAAGAUAUGUGUCCGCGUAAAAACCGCACACGCCGCGUGUGCGUGGUGGUUGUGCGUGACAGUUGUUCUGUGCCGAGCUGACAGCGCUUCGGACGACAACCCCCAAAAUUGGAUCAUUGUCGCAGAACACGAAACAGCGGGACAAACACGGGGACGGUGGAUUCGUGAGGCUUUUGACAACGAUGUCCCGGAGUACGGCUUGUCACAUCUUCAGGAGUACGGAGGUUCCUACGACAAGCGGACACCUCUCGGAGUCGGCAGGCGGAGGAGGGCGUUGGACUUGGACGACGAACACCGCGCGGUGUGGAGUGACCCCGAAGGCGCCCUGACCAGGACGGCCGAGUGGUUUGUGCGCAAGCUGUGGACGCCUAUGCAGGAAUUGGCCGGCAGUGGCGCUCUGUCUUCCAAGUGUGUGUCCGGCCUGCUGGCCGUCUACGGUGGAGUCCGCAGAGGACAGCUGUGGGCGUUGAAGUUUCUGGACGCCACAGGCAAGUUCCCCAGCGGUGUUCUCACGACGUCGUCUCCGUCGUCGGACGCUGGCUCGUACGACGAGUGCUUGGACAUCGGGCACGGUGACGCGGAGAGCUUGGCGUUCAGUGACCGUGCGCCCACCGCCAUGGAAGGCCGAUACUGCAGCCUGCUGUGGGUUACGAACGCAGCUUCAUUGGUUACGAAAAUCUCGGAGAAUGACGACAUCCAGGAGAAUGGCAGCAAAGGCUCUGGAAGACUUAACGCCCGAGAAACGGAGCGCAAAGCGCUGUAA